AUGCGUGGACGCCAGAACGAUGUGGACAAAACAAUCUGUGUUGUUGAUGCUGAGAGUGUUUGCGACAUAGAUGGGGGGCGCACCGUCGCAGAUUCUCGUCCACUCAAUGUUGGCCGCAUUCUGCAGGCCAUCCAGAAGUUACAAGCCGAGGGUCUCAAAAUCAUUUUGGUCAGCCGGCAGGACAUGUCGACACUGAUGCAUGACUCAUCUGUCGAUGCAUCAGGCUUUUUGUACAUCAAGUCCUUGAACGGCCCAGCUAUUGACACGAUACGCACUGCUGCAGACUACCGAUGCUUUUUCGUAACUUCUGCCGAUGCUGCCGCUUUCGAAUCUGACUGGCGCCUGCCACAGAGACACCAGAUGUGGUUAUAUCAGAACCACAACAUGCAGGUGAGAUUUGAAUUUGAGCCGCAAUCUCGGGAAUUCGUGCCAAUUUUUUCAGCAAGCUCGCCAUCCCAGGCGAGCCCCGAAAAGAGUGAAGAGUGCUAUCAGCAGACCGAGUUGCUCGGGCCAGAGCAUGGCGUGCUGGAGACUCUGCCGAGCGGGUGGAUUUCAGAUUCUUUGGAACCAUUGAUGGCCGUUCUUCCUUGCAGAGAAGACAUUGCCUCGCAGCCGGUUCUUGCUAUUCAGGCACAGGACGAGAAAGAUCCCAUUGUUCAGCACGCCGUCAGCUUGUCUCAGACUCACAUAUACAGUGGGACCGAAGAGUCCGAUCUGCAAGAUUGGAGAAAGGUAAAAGGGCCUUGGUCUCACGAACACAUCAGCUCUCAUGUCGUGCGCGUUGCUGGAACCCGGAACCCGCUUUGGGCAGUGGGAGCCGGCAGCAGGAAGCUGGCCAGAAAACGAGCAGCACAUUUGGCUUUGGUAGUUGCAUACCAUGCAUCGAAAGCAGCUACCGCAGCCUGGAAUGUUGGGCCAAAGGACUGCCAAGAUCUCAACUGCAUGGUUGCCCGAGCCCGCAGGUUGAUGGCACAUGCACGUUCCCUUGGGGUUUUCCCGAGCAUUCAGGAAGACAGCUUUCUUGCACCACAAGCCUCGAACCAGUCCAGUUCAUUGGCUGAGAUCACGGCCGACGAAUUUGCCGGCAAAGCCACACGCUGGCUCGGAGACCCUGGCGUCGAGGAGGCCGUGCGAGUUAGCCUGGAGGAGAUGGAUGGGAAACUCGCGGGCCGGAAGGUGGUCGCUACCGAAGCCUACUUUACUGAAGCUGGUAGCGGGUAUUUGAAUCUCCAGAAAGGGGAUCAGGUGCAAGUUAUGUAUGACAGGAUCGAGGGACCUGGCCCCGAAGACAGGCACAAGGGCUACGUGUACGGUCGGCUUCUCACCACAUCUGGUGAUGCCCCGGGUUGGCUUCCGACCGAUGUAGUCCGGUUCGAAUGA